CGGGUAGAAGAGCCGGGUAGAGCCGGGUCGUGCCGGGUAGUGCCGGUGGCCGACACUAGAGGCUCAUCGCGCCGCUCGGCUCCUGUGUUGUUUUGGUUAGCUGGAGGGGAGGUUAGCCCAUGCUUUCUGUAGCCGGCUGUGACGGCGAUGGCUCUCCCAUGAGGCGGGGGAGCGGGGCUGUGCUUUCUGAAUAAACACCGAGCGUAGUGCCGUGGCCAUGGCCGGGGUUUUCGACAUCGAUUUGGAUCAACCGGAUGAGAAUGUCUCUGACGACGAGCUGGAGGACGGGGGUCAGCUCGGUGAAUACAUGGACCAGUGCAGUAGCUUUGAAUUUAACAUGGAUGACUGUGAGAAGUUUGAAAUUUCAGAGAACAGCGUGAACAAGGGAACAGAGCAGAUCAGGCCUGAAUGCUUUGAGCUGCUGAAAGUUUUGGGAAAAGGUGGCUAUGGAAAGGUGUUUCAAGUUCGGAAGGUGUCAGGUGCCACCUCUGGGAAGAUCUUUGCCAUGAAAGUUUUGAAGAAGGCCAUGAUUGUGCGCAACGCGAAGGACACGGCGCACACCAAAGCUGAGAGGAAUAUCUUGGAGGAGGUGAAGCAUCCUUUCAUCGUGGACCUCAUCUAUGCCUUCCAGACAGGCGGAAAACUGUACCUAAUCCUGGAGUACCUGAGCGGAGGGGAGCUGUUUAUGCAGCUGGAGAGAGAGGGCAUCUUCAUGGAAGACACAGCAUGCUUCUACUUGGCUGAGAUCUCGAUGGCGCUGGGUCAUCUGCACCAGAAAGGCAUCAUCUACCGAGACCUGAAGCCUGAGAACAUCAUGCUCAACAACAAUGGACACGUGAAGCUGACCGACUUCGGUUUAUGCAAAGAGUCCAUCCACGACGGGACGGUCACACACACCUUCUGUGGCACCAUUGAAUACAUGGCUCCAGAGAUUCUGAUGAGGAGUGGACACAACCGUGCUGUGGACUGGUGGAGCCUGGGAGCGCUCAUGUACGACAUGCUGACAGGAGCACCUCCGUUCACUGGUGAAAACCGUAAGAAGACCAUUGACAAAAUCUUGAAAUGCAAACUCAGCCUUCCACCAUACCUCACUCAAGAAGCCAGGGACCUCCUGAAAAAGCUGCUGAAACGAAACGCCUCAUUGAGACUGGGGGCUGGACCGGGAGAUGCUGCUGAGGUUCAGGCCCACCCAUUCUUCCGGCAUAUAAAUUGGGACGACCUCCUCGCUCGCAAAGUAGAGCCUCCGUUUAAACCGUUUUUGCAAUCAGCUGAUGACGUCAGCCAGUUCGACUCCAAGUUCACCAGCCAGACUCCAGUGGACAGCCCUGAUGACUCCACGCUCAGCGAAAGUGCCAAUCAAGUCUUCCUGGGUUUCACAUAUGUAGCCCCGUCCGUGCUUGAGAACGUCAAAGAGAAGUUCUCUUUCGAGCCAAAGGUCCGCUCGCCCCGAAAGUUCCCAGGAAGCCCGAGGACACCUGUGAGUCCGCUGAAGUUUGCUGGAGGGGACUGUUGGCCCCGGGGACCUUUAGCGACGGGCAGCCCGUCCUUGCUGUCCCCGAGCAGCUCUGUGGACCAACCCAUGGAGGUGUCGAGCGUGGAGCAAAUGGACACGAGCGGCGGCGGCACCUCCGAAGCUUCGGCCCCGCUCCCCAUCAGGCAACCCUCAGGCAUCAACGCGGGGCCCUACAAAAAGCAGGCCUACCCCAUGAACUCCAAGCGGCCCGAACACCUCCGCAUGAACCUAUGACGCUCGGCUCGCCCCGCGAACUUUAGCUCUCUUUCAAUUUCUCCUCCUCUCGCUUUUUUUUUUUUUUUUUUUUGAUUAUUAUUGUUUUCUUUCGAAGAGACUCGUAGAAUUUUUUUAAGAAAUUGACUGACACUGUCAACGCCGAUCACCAGCUCUUCCAGCAGCGCCUUCCCCCCCUCUCCUCCCGACUCAGCCCGACCUUCCUCAGCCCGCCGCAGAUAAUCAGCAGUAGACAUCUGAUUAGCCAGCGGAGCGGCGUGUUCGGCGUGUGCGAGAGGUGCUCUUUAAUGAAAAGUCUUCUUGGCUGUUGGCUCAAUAACGCCGGCAGAUGAGAGGGCCGAGGCGGUUUCAGUGUGCCGGCAUUAUCGUGAGGAUUUACUGGUGCUCUUUAUCCGAGUCUGGGCAAUGUUACCCAUGAGGUUUACGACUGGUUACCCUCUUCACAGAGCGAGAGAAUUUGGUUACAAGAGGCUUUAUUUCUGCCUCGACAUGCCAGGCGUCUUGGUGAAUGGUCACACUGUCGGUAGGUAGAUUUACUGGAUAGCAAAUCCACAAUGAUCACAGUAUUCCUUUAUGUUUGAGGGAAAGAAACACAUUGCCUUUGUCACUGUAGCGUGGGUCACGAGUAGGUGGAGAAAGCAGCUAUAAAAAGACACGUGAAACUUCAGCUGAGAGCAUCACUUCCACCACAAUCAAUACCAAAUGCUGGCACUGCUUUGCUUCUCCGACUGGACGGGUUUCUGUUAGGAGAGGCCUGUUCAGAAAGCACUGUUCAGUUUCUUUUGUGUUGAAUGUAAACGGACUCCAGAAAGCCUUUUUGUGUCACACUUAAAUCUCCUGCCUCCUCCCUUCUUGUUUUUUUUGACUCCCGUAGUCAUGCAGUCUCAUUGCCACAAGCACGAGUAGAGACUGCGAGCAUGUCGACCCAAAAAUACUCUGAGCCAGAUUGGGAAUCACUGCCUUUUACAGAUUCAUUCAUGUCUGGGGUGCUUUGGUGCUUUUUCUGAGUAGGACUUUUUUUUUUUUUUUUUUUUGUGGCUCUCUGUGUUUGAGUAGGUUUGCCAGUAUGUACGGUAUGAGUCUAAAGAUUGGACACAGCUUUUCAUUGAAUUUUUUAUUAUUAUUAUUAUUGUCUCUAUAUUAUUAUAGUGUACCUUUAGCUUUGAUGACAGCUUUGCGACUCUUGGCGUUUCUCUCAGUCAGCUUCAUGAGGUCUUGAAGGAGUUUCCACAGGUGUCGAGCACUUGUCCAACUCAUCUCACACCAUCUCAGAUGGGUUUAGCUCGGGUGAUUGCAAGAAAUUCAACAAACUGACUCCUGACAAGACACACCUGUUAACUGAAAACCAUUACAGGUGACGACGUCGUGAAUCUGAUCGAGAGAAUGUUCAACGCUAAUUUUAAGAACCUAAAACGUGGUUUGUUCAAAACUGGCCGGUUUACUACACAAUUCCACAUGUGCCCCUCCAUAGUUUUGGCGUCCUCAGUAUUAAUCCCCAACACUGAAUGGGAAGGUGUGUCCAAACCUGCGGCUGGUACUGUAUACGAGUGGACCAUCUUACUAGAGCUUUGUUUGAACUGACGAGUUUGUGCGACGUGAAGCUGCUACAUGAGCCUCUGGAAUCAAGCCAUUCGACACACUCCUCCUAAAACUGACCACGGCGUCGGCCGAUGAUUCCCACCCAACGAAAACUGAAUGAGUGAAAAAUUGGCUCGCGUUCGAAUGGUUUCCAAAUACUUUAACGAAAUGACCAAAAGCAAUGUUUGAAUCAUGGGGAAAACUACCGAAGAAAUGUGUUACUGAUGUUUCUGACUAACGCUUCAAAGGUCAAACAUGAUUUUUUUGUUUUGUUAGCUUUGUUUGUUCGUGCAGUCAGACUUUAGAUCACGGCGACAUCCUCUACAGUGAUGCUCGACGUGUUCAUGGAAGUUGUUGUGCAGUUGCUUCACACGCGGGUGAAGCUUCUGUACAGAUCGUUGUCAGGCUGGACUGAUCGUCUUCUACCAUUCCACUACAACAACCAAGAGCAGCCACUCCACUUUUUACUCCACUGACUUUCUGUUUCUAUUUAUUUCAAGUGCCAUUGUGGUUCCACUGCAUUGUCCACACUAUGCAAACUAUGUAUUUAUUAUGUAGUACUAUUUAGACGAGGCAGCAGAAUGUGUGAUGAUUUGAUUUCUUUUGUCAUGUACAGUAUGUCUUACAACAACCUCAGAUGAGUUUUUUUGUUUUUUAUACAUAUAUAUAUAUAUAUAUAUAUAUAUAUAUAUAUAUAAAUUCCAAAAUUGGCCUGAAUGUCUUGCGGUAUUUAUUUUGUGGCAGAGUAUCACAGUCAAAGGGGAUCCUCGGAAGACAUUUCGAUAUUUAAAAACUUGCUUAAAACUUGAACUUUUGUUUUUUGUUUUAUAUAUAUAUAUAUUUUUUUUUUCCUUUUUGCAGUGCUUCAAGUAUUGUGUAAAAAGACAACCGAUGCAAAAACCAAUGGGAAUGGCAUUGUGCCUUGUGCUGACCGAGUACAUCAUGUAUGUACAGCUGUAUAUUGUAAUUGUUCUUGGGAAAAGGCUGGGAUCGAUCCCCAACGUUCACCUCCUUGCUUCGUUAAUCAUCGUGAGCAGGAUCAUUUGUCAGGUUUGUGAGAGAUUCAGGCGGGAUUAAUAAUUAUCCACACACACACACACACUCUGACACGUUUCUGGUGGGAAACACAUCAUUUAAGGAGAAGGGAUGUCUUUAAUCAGUGGUGGGCAUUGAAUAACAUUACUUCUGUUGAUGUGUCACUUCUGGACCAGCCCCUUCAGAUGGCCGUGUAUCAUGUAUGUAUCCUGUACAUAAUUAAAUCAAAAUAAAAGAAUUCAAUUAACGCA